CUUCGAAGAAGCUGCUACUUGUAAAAACGUCGUCGUCUUCGAAGAAAAUGACCUGUUUGGAGUCGAUGGUCUAUAGCAAAGUCCAGCCAAGAGAUUGGAUUAUGGAAGAACCGACGGAGACAUGGCCAAAGGGACUCAGAUUCAAGCCGACGGAGAGCGAAUUCGUCGACCAUCACUUGCGAAGAAAGCUGAAAGGAGAAAAGGAAACUAUCUGCGUAAUACCGGAGCUAAAUAUCUACAAGUGGGAGCCUCAGGAUCUCUUUGCCAGAUACAAUGCCCUGUCAAGGAUACCGUCGGAUGGACACGAGUGUUUCUUCUUCUGCCCCCGUGAUAACAAGAUCCCAAAUAGCCUUCGUUCGAGUAGGAAGACGGAGUUCGGAUUUUGGAAAGAUACGAGUAAGAAACGUGGUGUGCAAGCACCGGGCACCGGUGAGGAGAUAGGGUUCAAGAGGAUCUUGGUUUACUACGAAGGUCGACAAGGGGACGCCCGCAGAACCCACUUCAGCAUGCAUGAGUAUCACCUAAAAUCGAAUGUUUCGAAUAGUGAAAUUCCCAACCCGAGGGAAUUUGUCCUCUGUCACAUAACAAACAGGAAAUGUGAAAAAGCAGGAUCGGAGUCAGCAAUUAUGAGUACCAGGGCCAAUCUAACCAUUUCCAGUACUCUUAGUAAUUCCGAAUGUGAAGGAGCACAAGAUUUUAGCUUGCAGGCAUCUCCAGCAGUGACUGUUGAAUCCGAAAGUUCGAACCAUACUAUGUUGAAUCAUGGAUUACCGGACCACAGUGCGUAUGUUCCUCAGCAGCCUGACAUGCUCGGAAUGGAAAGCUCGUUGCGCAAUGAUAACUGGUUUGUUGACGGAGCUAGUGACAAACAUUUUGCGCUGUCGUGUCCUCCGAGCGAUGAUGUUAUCUUCCUCUCUGAUCUCUGGAGCUAAAACUAACAUGGACUGGCCCGCUUUCUUCGUACAUGUAUAGAACGGCAUCGCCACUUGUUGGCCUUAUUGCAAGUCAUACUAUGGGAAGAGAUUAUGGUGUAGAUAUUACUAUGGAUUGCUAGUGCUUUGCUACUAUAUAAGUGUUCCAGUGUUUUUUAUCAUGUUCUAGUGAAAAUUCUCAAUCGUGCAUAAGCUUUGUAUUAUUAACUUGGUCUCUCAGUUUGUGUAAUAUCUCGAUCUUUUAGACACUAAUAUUGGUACGGA